CCAAAUUUCAUGAUCGAGUCGCGCAUUGUUUUCUGCUCUUGAACGCGCUCGCCAGCAUGCCCGACGCCUUUUUCGUCUCGAACAAGACGCGCAAGCGCAAGCGCUCCGGAUCCUCCGCGGAUGCGUCGGGCAAGUCGAAGAAGUUUGCCGGGAAGAAGGGGCGCGAGCCGUCAUCCUCGAGCAAGCAGCCCACGAAGAAAGCGAAGCGGAACGACGAGGAGCUCGACUCCGAUCGCACGGACGAUGAGGGGAACAUCGAUGAUCUGGACUUGAGGCAGUCAGAUGGCGAGGAGGGGAGCGCGGACGAGGAUGAGAACGAAACCCCCGCGGAGAAGAGGUUAAGACUGGCGAAGCUCUACCUCGAGAGCGUGAAGGAGGGGUUAGCCGAGGGGGAGUUUGACGCCGCGGAUGUGGACAGGGAGCUCAUCUCCGCGCGCUUGAAGCAGGAUGUGCUGGAGCACUCUGGCAAGAUCCACUUGUUCGUCGCAGACUCUUACGACCUGUCCCAACAACCACAAGAAGUGCUGCGAACGCGCGGGCAUCGAUUUUCCGUCACAUCUGCUGUCGCGUCCGAGUCUGGCGAAUAUCUGUACACCGCGGGCAAGGAGGGCUCGAUCAUCAAGUGGGACUUGAAGAAUGGCGCGAAGCAAAAGACGAUAUUCAAAAUACGGCCAGACGUUAAGGGCAAGGGCAAGGCAGUCCCGGACGCAUCUCUACCCGGUCAUACGGAUGAGGUCCUCGCGCUUGCUCUCAGCAGCGAUGGGAAGUACGUCGCUUCCGCAGGCAAGGACAGGCGCGUGUGCGUUUGGGACGCAGAAACGGGAGAGUGGAUCAAGAGCUUCAUCGGCCACCUUGGCCAUAAGGACUCGAUCUCGUGUCUUGCGUUCCGCAAAGGCUCUCAUCAGCUGUAUAGCGGCUCCUUCGACCGCACGCUGAAGGUGUACGACCUCUCGCCCGACGUGAUGGGCUACGUCGAGACACUCUUCGGACACCAAGACGUCGUGCUCUCGCUCGAUGCCUUGCGCGGCGAAACCUGUGUCAGUGCUGGUGGGCGAGACAAGACCGCGCGCUUCUGGAAGAUCGUGGAGGAGACACAGCUCGUGUUUCGUGGGGGCGUGCGCAGCCGCAUACGCGACGUCCUCGAAGGCGGCCUUCGAGGCGAGGACGAGGGCGAGGAUGUGGACGACGAAAUAGAUGCUGCAGCGAAGCGGAAGCAGAAGAAGGAGAAGGACGCGAGAUACGUGGAGGGGAGCUUAGAGUGUGUGGCGAUGGUCGAUGAGACGACCUUCCUCACUGGAGGAGAUAGCGGUUCGAUCUGCUUGUGGUCGACACAAAAGAAGAAGCCGAUAUUCACGCAGCCCCUAGCUCAUGGCUUGCAAGAGACCCCUUCAGAGACGGAAGGCGUAGUGCAGACACCGCGCUGGAUCACGGCCCUGGCCUGCCUUCACUACUCCGACCUCUUCGCAUCAGGCUCAUGGGACGGUACCAUCCGUUUCUGGAAGCUUGACCCGAAGCUGAAGUCCUUCUCUCUCGUUGGCACUACCCUCGCCCUCGGCGUCGUCAACUCACUGCAACUCGUACCUGCUCCGAAAGGCUUCUUCGAAGAGUCAGAGUGGGCAUCCGCACCUGCAGUGAAGAAGUCGGCGCCGUCGUCUGUGCUGCUUGUUGCUGGCUUGGGCCAGGAGCAUCGCUUCGGCCGAUGGCUGCAGGUUAAGGACGGUGCAAAAAAUGGCGCGCUCGUUGUCGCGCUACAUCCCACAAGGACAGCAUAGUAUUGUAGUCUAUUCUCGGGGCUUCAUCUGCUCCUGAAAUUAUAUUAAGUCUGACCGGCACUGGCGGCCCGGUCCAGGAUUCUCAUGCGUCG